AUCGGUCUCACCACGGAGACUGCGCUGCAAAUCCCCGACAGCGAGCCGCAAUCGUACAAGAUCGGCUCCGUUUGCGGCUUUGUCGCCUAGAUGGCGUACAUCCUAGCAGUCUGGGUGUUCGAGGGCGUCCUGGUGUUUCUGUACACUCGACUCACAAUGGGCCUCUGGCAACAUCGUCUGUCCCUGAUGGUCAAGCCCUAUGCCGGAGACAACUGCACAAUCCGUCCAUUGAACUACAUCGUCAUCGAAGUACUCAGCAUCAUAACGGACCUUGCGGUCAUGUGUGUCCCCAUUCCCCUAAUCGUUGUGGCUCGAAUCCCCAUCAUCCAAAAGAUGAUCCUGGUUGCCCUAUUCUGUUCCAGCAUCUUCAUCAUGAUCUGCGCCGCCCUUCGCGCCCACUACUCCAUAACAGAUAUCAACACCCUGGUGACCACCCUGGGAUGGGCAUCGCACGAAUGCUUCGUUUCGCUAUUCAUCGUCUGUGCUCCGGAUAUCAUGCCCAGUUUCGGUGGUUCCGCACGAACAUAUCCAGCAAUGAGUACUCGAACACGAAAUCCCGAGGCAAGGUGUUCUCAUCCAAGAAUAGCCACAACUUCAACACUCUCAUCUCCGCCCAUGAGCGAGAGCCCAUCAAUGAGAAUAUUGAAUCUGAAGAGAAGAAGAAAAAAAGGAAAUCUAUUUAUCUAGAUGAUUAAGGGGCUUUAUAGUCAUUGUGCAACAGGGCUCCUGCCUGUGCUUG